AUGGCGAAAAUCAGCUCCAGAGACGUUCGAGAGAUUGUAGAGAAACUCUCAUCAGAUAAAGUCAAAGCUCGCGAAGAAGGGAUCAAGUUGUUAAAUAGUUGGUUAGAAGGAGAAAAAUCAUAUAACUUCUGCAAUUUUAUUGGACUGAGUACAUCAAAGCUUAGGCCAGAUGAAAUUCCUCACGCUGAAACAUGGCCUUUUCUUGUUUCUUUGCUUAUUCAAUCUGCAUCAUCGGAAAUAUCGUCAAGUAAGCGGAGAAAUCCGAAAAUGAUAUAUGCAAAGACUCUUAGACUUAUUGUGCAACGAGCGGAAGAUGCUAAGUGUUCAGGCCAAAUUCUGCCUUUGUCAUCUGUGGUUAGACCCCUUUUUAGUCAUGUUUGGGAUGUCCUGAGCAAUGUUCCAAGCUUUCAGUCAGAGUAUGGGAUUAUCCUUCGACAUCUAUUGGCAGUAAGGAAUUAUAGUUUUCAGAUGAGGAAGCGCAUUUACUGCAGCCUGGUGAUGCUGUACAUUGAGAAAGUUGAAGCAAGCUUGAAUGGGAAAAAUAUUAGUAACUGUACUUCCAAAGAAGAGGUCUUCCGCAAUAUUUUAACUCUUCAUUCGCUUUUGGAUUACCCUCCUGGAGACUACCCUGUUAAUCUAAGAGAAGACAUUGUUAAGGGGUUCGUCAGGAUCUGUUCAUUCAUCAGGGAAGAAGGAAAGAUAUCACGCAAACUUGUUGAGUGUAUCAAUACAUAUUUGUUAAAUGAUGGUCCCAAUUUGGGCUCUCAGUUGUUAGAGAUUCAUAAUGCUAUGCAGCAGUUUUUGUUUCACUGUUGGCUGACAACACAUGAUCGCGUGCUUAAGGAUUCACUGAUGUUCUAUGCAAGGACACAAUUAAAUUUAAUGAGAGGGGCUGCUGAUAGGUAUUUAUUGGUAGAACAGCUUUUGGAUGUGAUUUAUAAGGAUCUUGAUCAGGGUAGCGUGUCUAGUAUUUCAAUACCGCGGGGUGAUGGAAAUAAGGAUGAUAGACUUGGAACUUUGAGUAGCUCGCAAUGUGGCUUAGUGGAACUUGCAGCAGUUCUAUUUUAUAGGGCGUGCCUUAAUACAACCAGAGCCUCAUUAAGUGAAAAACGAGUUAAGAGAGAACCUGCUGCUGUGGUCUUGAGGGAGGCACUCAUGAAAGGCAAAUGGCUAUGGAAUGCUGCAUUUUGUUAUCUAACCCGAAACUUCCAUACUCGCAUUUCCAAAGAUCUGUUCCUCUACUGGUUUGAAGGCAUAUGGAUGAGCUUUGACAGAAUCCUUAAUUCUGCAAAUGUUGAUCGGGCCUACGAUGGUUUGUUAUGGACUCUGCGGAGUUUGCAGGAACUUUCGUCUGCUUUGUUGCUUCCAAAUUCAACGAUGAAGAUAUCGUCGAUGCCUCCUUCCUCCUUGAAUGAGUUCAUCAAGGGUUGGAAAGUACUAUGGAGUACUAUUGUUCACGGGCUGCCGAUUUUCAGCAAUAUAGCCACUGUUGUGGAUGCUGCUUUGGCACUUCUGAGUAAUAUAACCUCAAAUGCUUUAGUAGAUACAUGUCUCAUACCACAAGAUGUUUGGGAUCUUCAAUUUUUCAAAAGACCAACUUCAUUACCUAUCUUGCAUUUUUUCUCAUGUUACUUUUCAAGGAAAAGUUCUCAUACUGAUCUCCGAUAUAUUUUACAUCUUAGAAAGAACCUUUUGAAGGCAGUUUUGAAUCAUCUUGAUUGGAAGGGUUAUUCAGCAUUGAGUGAGCGGAUGGGUUUGUACAUGCCGAGUGCUAUAUUUGCACUUUGUGUAGGCUGUGUUGCGUUCAAUGAAUGCUUUAAAGAAACUCCUCUAGUUUUCAGCUCUUUCGAUGUCACUGAAUCUCUUGAUAAUAGUCAUAAGUUUGAAGACCCUAAACAUCGAUGUUUGCAUGGGUUUUUGGAUUGCUCUGUGGAAGCUCUCACAGAAAUUCACAAAGUUUCCAAUGUUGAGGUUUCAGAGCUACAAGUAUUUCCAGGCAUACGGGUUCCUCAAGAAAUACGUGAUCAGCUUUUGCUUGAAAUGGAGACCUCUAUUCUUGAAAUGUUGGCAGAAGAGGAAAAUAAUGGGACUCAUUUACCUGAUAUUUUCUUAAAAUGUUCUCUCUUGUCUAAUCUACUAUAUGGUUAUUUCUUCACAAGGAAAAUAAAUGUUUCAUUCUGUUCGAAGUUAAGUCAAUACUUGCAAGUGAUGCUUAAUAAUGCUGUCAGAAUCAUUCAAGAAGACAGUGACCACCUGGCCAGUGGCUUAAGUUAUGUUCCUACAUGUGAGGAUACGGGUUCUCUCGCCACUUUGGUUCAUUGUUUUCUUUCCUCACCUAUAUUUUGUGAAUGGAGGGAUCAAAAUCUGGACUUUGUUCCAUUUAACGAGGUUAUCCAAUCUGUGGAGAGACUUUUGAAAGCACUUGUUAAUCUAUAUGGUGGUUAUUCUCAGCAUUUGACAAGUCUUGGAUCUGAUACGAUCAUGCAAGAUACAGCUUCUACUGACAGCAUGCAAAGUUCUUACUCACAUGACAUAAGUAAAAGCAGGAUUGUAGAUAUGGAGUUGGAUGUUAACGAUGAUUCAAAAGACGCGGAUAGUGUACUUGUCAAACAAAUUGGCUGUGGUGUGUCAUCUUCUGCAGAGAAGUGGAAAGUUGGCAUGAUGUCACUUAUUUCCUGUUUUUUCUCUGCUUCACCUGUUCUGACGUGGGAUGCACUCUUUAAACUAAUGGAAAAAGAGUAUGACCCCAAGGUGCGUGGAAAAAUAUUGCAUCAUCUUUGUGAACAUCCUCAUUGGUCCUCUUCCUCAAAAUUAAUAGAUUUGGUUAAUGUAAUGAGCAAUAUCAUUACCGAGCAAAUUGGACUUAAGCUUGCUUGCGGAACUGUUUUAACUUCUACCCAUGCUUUACUAUCUAACUUAUCUUCCCUCGACGCCGUUGGUAAGGAGAACUGUGGCUUCUAUUCCAGUGAAGUGGAAACUGAACAGUGCUUUCAGUCAUUGCGAAACUUGGUGCAUAACCUUUCAAAAGUUGAUCUUGAUUGGUUUGGGCGGGUGAAGCUUAUUGAUUGCAUCUGUAAUCUUAUUUCACUCCACCCUCAAUUUGGUCAGACAAUGAUAGAAAAAUUACUUAUGAUGCUCAAUGAUAUGGAUUAUCGAGUUCGUUUGUCAUUUGCAAGAAGGGCUGGUGUUCUUUUCCAAACAUGGGAUGGUCAUGAAGAGCUUUUUCAGGACUUAUGUUCCAAUUUUGGUGUUCCUUUGGUGGUCUAUUCCAAAAGAAAAACUAUCAAUGCAAAGGAAGUGCUAGCUGCUGGUCCUCAGCCUCAACCUAUAAUGGAAACAGUUUUGAUUACGCUGAUGCAUGUUGCAUUGCAUAGUGAGAAGGUGGAGUUAGAGGCUGUUUUUAUGAUAUGUGUGGUUUCUGCCAUUGAUCCUUGUCAAAGGGAAUUGGCCAGUGCUGUACUUGACAAUCUUUCUAACGAGCUUCAGUAUUUGACUAGAAUGAAGUAUUUAGAGGAACUUUUGGGAUCACUUCUCUUUUGUUGGGUAGCUUGUGGUGUAAGCUUGGCUGCACUCGUUGAGACAAGGCAUCUUUUUGUACCAGAUGCAGAACCUUGUCAUUUCCUUCAGUAUUGUUGUCCAUGGCUUCUUCCUGCUCUGCUUCUUCAUCAAAAUAGUUCUGAUCUUAAUUGGGUUACCAAGGUCACUUGUCAACCUAUGACAGUUCUUAUAAAACACCACUUUGCUUCAAUAUUUUCAAUUUCUAUGGCUUUGCAUUGCAGUAAGGAACCAGGAGCAGAGAGGGGAACUCUUGUGCUUCAGAGUUCUAUUCUUCAUUUUGGUCAGAUAUCUGAGAAUGAACGGGACAAACUCAUAAAGAGACAUAUGGUCUCUAUUGUCAGCUGUAUUUUAUCUCUGUGCUCUUGUUCUUCCGACCCUGUAGUCCCUUUCUUUUCCAAGGAUAUAGUGUCACUUGAAAUUCAAACAAUUGUUGAUGGAUUUCUGGAUUUAUGUAGGGAUGGAAGUCACACAACCGCUGCUGUUGCUGACAAGAUCAACAUUUUUCGCCCUGAUAGAGUUUUUAUGUUUUUGGUAGAAAUUCAUUAUAAAAUUACAGCAGCAUCUCAUUUCAGGCAUAAGUGCCACCGAUUGUCUGGAAUUGAAGUGCUUAUUAAUGUUCUUGGUCAAAGAGUUACCGCUUUAAGCACAUCCAAUUAUCUUUUCAACUUGAUUGGACCGUUGAUUGAGUGUCCUGCUUUACAAGACCAAUGCUGUCGUAUACUUUCUGCAUUGUUGCUAUCUUUUAAGAAGCAUUUAUCAGCAGAUAUCACUAGUAUGCUUGGGGAACAGCUCCAGUUCCUUGUUUCAAAGUUAGUGGCAAGUUGCGUUCCUGCCAAAAGGAAAGAGUCACAUGAUAGCUCUGUAUCAAGAGCUUUAUCUCUGCUCCAUAUGCUUACUUUGGAUUCUGAUCCAACUUUGCAUGAUUACAUCAAAGAAUUGGAGCCAUUCCCCGAAUUAAAAAUAUUUGACGAGAUACGGAAUUUUCACGAAGAAUUAUGCCAAACUUACUCGAUUCGUGAGCACAUAUUAAAGUUUGUAAAGAGGUCAUGCUACCUUCCACCAAGGUUACUUUUGUCAAGUCUCCAGGCAUUGCAUAAGAAGUUACUGGUUGAAGAAACCUUUCAAAGAAGAGGGAGAUCAGAAGGUCACUUUAAGGACAAGUAUUGGCACGGUGACCAUGAAAUUGUGCAUGCAGUUUGGACACUUGUUCACAUGUGUGGCUCGGAUGAUGCAAGUGGUGUCAGAGAAUUGGUUUCAGAUUUCAUUUCUAGGGUUGGUGCUGGAGACCCACACUCUGUUGUUUUCCAUCUUCCAGGCAAGAGUACUCAUAUACAUCCAGGAAAAUCAAUUGAUAACUUCAGUGUAGGGGAAACCAGUUACAACAUAGAUGUGUGCAUAUCUGAAGAAAUUCUAGUUAUCCUUAUGAAAUUACUAAUGAAGUAUCUGAUGGAUGAUUCAGUGAAAAUUGUUGAUAUGGCAUCACAAACUCUCCGUGGAAUUCUUUCGACUGAAAGAGGCCAAAAAGCUUUACUGUCAUUUGAUUCUUACCAAAAGUCUCUCGUCGAGAUACAUUCCAAAGGCGUUAAUAUCGAACUUGUGGAAAAUUUCCUUUUGGAUUUGGAUAGGAAGUCAAAAGUUGAAGAAAUUUCAUUGGAGAAGUCUACUAUUUGGUUGACAGAUGGUAAAUCUUUUGAGACGUGGAUUUGUCCUUUGGUGUAUUCCCUUAUUGUGUACUGCAAUGACGUGGUACUGAGAUUAUGCCAAGAUAUGGUACUGUUGAAAGCUGAAGUUGCCGAGCUUCUUUUGCCAAGUAUAUUUGUCAACAUUGCUGCGAGGAAGGAUAUCGAGAUUGAUCUUCACAAAUUAAUUUCUUUGCAGUUGAAGGAGCAUAUAUUUGUUAAGUCAAAUAAGAUGAUCAAAUCAAUUCAAGUGAUUUUGAGUUGCCUUAAUGAACUUCGUAUUUGUUAUGUCACGGAAAGAUCUUCACUUGUGCCAUCAAGGCGUGAAGUGUCCAAGAACUCAAGAGCUCCAAAUUAUAGCUCAAAAUCUCGGUCCACUCCUGCAAAGACGAGACAGAGACAAUCUGCUGUUGUUUCUAAUGGCUUGGCAGAAUCACCAUCUUCAUGGGAGAAAGUUUAUUGGCUUUCAAUUGAUUAUCUACUUGUUGUCAAGGCAGCAGUUAGCUGUGGAUCAUAUUUUACAUCAGUGAUGUAUGUGGAACACUGGUGCGAAGAGGAGUUCAAAGCUAUGACUGUUGGAGGUCCAGAUUUCUCUCACAACGAAAUGUUACCUGCUCAUAUUGAAAUACUCGUUUCAGCUGUCACUAGAAUAAACGAACCUGAUAGCUUAUAUGGAAUUCUUCAGUGCCACAAGUUGACUUCUCAAGUUAUCACGUUCGAGCAUGAGGGAAACUGGGGAAAGGCUCUUGAGUAUUAUGAUUUGCAAGUUCAAUCAGGCGUCUUAUUACAAAAGGACAGCAGUACAAUAAGUUUAUCACCGGAACAAGCUGGAACAGCAAAAUCUUCAUAUUUUGCCUCAGAGGUUGAGAUGAAGCAGGGAAGAGCUUACAAAGGGUUGAUUAGAUCAUUGCAACAAAUUGGUUGCACACAUGUGCUUGACAUGUAUUGUCAAGGGUUGACAUCAAGCAAGGAAGAGCUUCAGCAUGACAAAGAAUUUGCUGAAUUGCAGUAUGAGUCAGCAUGGCGUGCUGGGAACUGGGAUUUCUCUUUACCAUGUGUAGGAACUAGUUUUCCUCCAACUCAAAAUAUUAAACGUGACCAAUUCAAUGAAAAUUUGCACAGUUGUUUAAGGGCACUCCAGGAAGGUGAUUUAAGUGAUUUCCAGAGAAAACUGCGAGAUUCAAAGCAGGAGCUUGUGUGGUCUGUUUCUCAUGCAAGUGAAGAGAGCACUGAGUACAUUUAUUUGGCUAUCAUCAGACUCCAGAUGCUUUAUCAUCUUGGCAUGGCUUGGGAUUUGCGCUGGAGAACUUGCCAAGGUGAUAGUAGAAAGUUCUCUGUUCAGAAGCGAAAUGUGUCUCUUGAGCUUGUGAUUCCUUCCAUUGAACAGUUAUCAUGGCUGGAUAUGGAUUGGUGCUCAAUUUUGCAACGGACGCAGCUGCAUAUGAGUUUGCUAGAACCAUUUAUACCAUUUCGACGAGUUCUACUUCAGACUUUGAGUUGUAGAGAUAAUAUGUUGCAACAUCUUCUACAGUCUGCUACCACACUUCGGAAGGGAUCUAGGUUUUCUCAAGCAGCUGGUGCUUUGCAUGAGUUUAAGUCCCUUUGUGUUGGAACCAAAGAGCAGCACUCAUCUUUAUACUGGCUUGGAAGGGUAAGAGAGCUGGCAUGA